AUGGGGGUGGCGGAGAGGCUGAGGAUGUUCGUGGCGCAGGAGCCCGUCGUCGCGGCUUCCUGCCUCAUCGCCGGAUUCGGUAGUGAAAUAGUGGAUGGAAGUUAUCAAUUUCCCCGAACUCCUUGGAUGCCCUAACCUCGCUUCCAUUGAUAGCUUUCCGUGGUCUCUUUUCUGUGGAUCGCCGAUCGGAUUUCCUGGUUUAUGCCUUCUCCAGUUGGUGGAGAUUUAGUACUGAUUUACCUCCCGCGGAAAUGGAUUUGUAGGAUUUGGGAUUGUAUUUCCCGCGGGCAGUCUGUUAGAUGUCGAUUAUUUUAUUUAGGUUGCGGAUUUCGUGAAUGAUGCGCAUUCUCUGGUUGGAAUGAUGCCCUUUCUCAAUAGUUAAAAAUCAUUCGGGCGCUAAGAGCGGUGUCUAUUGCGUUUAUUAUUGCAUCAAAUGAAAAUAUAUCCGGCCGUAUUGAAACAUCCGCAGACCGAAUGCUCAGUGGCCAAAAGAAAAAAUUAGAAGCAGAUUGAAACUUACACUCUCAAAAUAGCUUUAGCUUGCUCAUAAAUGCAGAAAGUGAUGUGUAAAGGGGAAGAAAAUUUGCACAUAGGUAACCAUAUUUAAGAACAAUGUCUCCAUCACACUCUGAGGCCUUGUGUGUUGGGAUACUGGUUAGUGCCAAUGUAUGUCCGCAACUGAAGUAGUAUUUCGUUGAGAGAUCACCCCUCAUUACCGGGUGGUCACUGUGCACGAGUUCUGUUUGUUGGUUCCCACACCUCUUCAGGUAUAUGUGUCUAUCCAUUGUAGGCCCCCUCUUCACUGGUUACUCUUCCCUCAGUAAGAUACAGGUUCUUGUCGGUGUAAAUCACAUAGGGAGUGAGAGCUAUUGACGAACUACGCAGUGGUUUCAACUAGUAGAUCUUUUAUCAGUGUAAGAGUCUGAUGAUGGGCGAGAAUUACCUGGAUGAACAUAUUUUAUAAUUUCUAAGAUGUUAAUAUUAUCGAGUUUCUCUGUAAGGAAUAUGAGCGGGGUGAAUUAGCCCAGUGCUAAGAGGAGAAUGAAUCCAUCACUCCAACUUUUUCAGCAUUCAGUAAUGAGGGCAAGUUGAUCUAUUUUCAAUGCCUGGUUACCUUUUAACAUAAGCGAGUCAAGGAACAGAGUAAAUGAUCGGCUAUACAAGCUAGUUUGCUCCUUAUAUUAAUUGGGCAUUUAUUCGGAUCUUCAGUAAACGCCUUAUGUUUCCUCAACUUUUAUUACUCCGAAUGUUUGCGUAACGUGAAGUUUAUCUUGCAGCUCUCAUACCUGAUCACAGUUCAGGAGAUGCCAUGAGGAAAUAAAUAUUGAUUUUAUUAUAAUUGAAUUAUCGAUUCUUGGUUGCCUCUGUUGUCAAUGCUUGAGAAUACAAUGCAAUCUGAUUCAUUGGGCCAGGACUUGUGUUAAAAUUUGUGCAAAUGAUUUUCAUGUUUCUUGAUCCUUUGUAUUUUUGCAAUCUCCAGGCCUUUUUCUUCCAGCUGUGGUUAGGCCUAUAUUGGAUUCCUUGGAAUCAGCAAAACAGGUUCCACAACCAGAUCUCAAGGAUGUGAGUUGGAAUAUUUUUUUUUCUUCGAAAUGUAAUUUACCAAAACACUUAUUAGUUUUAAAUUCAUCCUGCCUUGAAGCAAUAUAAUGUUUUGACUUUUUGUUUGAACCUUUCAGGUGGUUGCUGGCAUGACCGGCAAGAAGCGGGAAUGA